AUGACGCAACCUCUCGAGCCGGGCACCUAUGUCAUCGUUAACAAGAUUCCCUGUCCAACUGACGAAAGGCUUGCGAUCACCUACAACGGUCCAGAUCAGCCUUUGACCGUGAAUAUCAGGACCGAUUCUUCUCGCCAGCAUUGGAUCGUUGAGAAUUACAGACACACAGACAACUCCAAAUACCUGGUUCCUGUGGAUGCUACUGACUUCCAAGCUGUUUGGGAUGCCGACUGCGCGCGUACAUUUCAGAAAUAUAAUUUUGUAUGGAUCAUUCAACGAACCAACUCAGGAUACACUAUUCAAGAUGAUACAAGAACUGCAUUUUGGGGAGCUCUGGAUGCAGUCAACAAUGCUCCUCUCGUCGUUGGAUCCGACACCGGCGACGAAAAGCACAGGUGGUCUUUCGAAAGAGUGUUGUAG